AUGCUUAAUCUUCGUUUCUUGACAACGUGUAACAGUAUCUUUAAUUUUUCUAGAAGAAACAUAACGUUUUACGCACCGCUGUCUGCGCACAGGUGGUAUCCGGAUCCUGAGUUUGUUAAGCAAUUCAACGGUCCCGUCAUGUAUCCCACACCAGAGACCAACAAAUUUUAUAAAAUGAUCUACAAUUCUAAACUAAGGCCUCUGGAACGGAAACUACAGAAUAUGUGGAUAAAUUUCGGUCCCCAACACCCCGCGGCGCACGGCGUACUCCGUCUCAUACUGGAGCUCGACGGGGAAAUGGUUGUACGGGCCGAUCCCCAUAUCGGUUUUCUUCAUAGAGCCACAGAAAAAUUAAUGGAAUCCAAACAUUACAACCAAAACCUGCCCUACAUGGAUCGAUUGGAUUACGUAUCCACGAUCUCCAACGAAACAUGCUUCGCUCUAGCUGUCGAAACGCUCCUGAACAUUGAAGCCCCCCCACGUGCCAAAGCUAUUCGUGUUCUUUGCGGUGAAUUAUGCCGCAUAGCUAAUCACAUGCUUAACGUAUCAGGCACGGUAUUGGAUGCUGGAGGUAUAACUCCUUUUUUUUGGAUGUGCGAAGAAAGAGAAAAGAUUUACGAAUUGUUUGAAAGGCUUUGUGGCGCGCGUGUUCAUUGCGCGUAUGUUCGACCUGGGGGUGUGUCCCAAGAUUUACCUAUUGGGUUUCUGGAUGAUGUCUAUGAACUAUGUAUGAAAUUGGGUGAAAGAUUUGACGAAACUGAAGACGUGGCAACGGGGAAUCGAUUAUACUAUGCUAGAACAGCUGGGAUUGGUGUACUUACCGCCCACGAAGCCAUGAGUCUCGGAUGCACAGGUCCGAUGUUGCGAUGUACUGGAGUUAAAUGGGACUUGAGGGUAGCGCAUCCUUAUGAUGAUUACGACAUGUACGACUUCGAUGUACCCGUGGGAACAUUUGGAGACAGUUAUGAUCGUCACCUUUUAAGAUUGGAAGAAAUGCGACAAUCGCUACGCAUCAUCAACCAAGUAUUAGAUACAAUACCGCCAGGGGAAAUUAAAACCGACGAUUCGAAAAUAUGUCUUCCUUCAAGAGUCGAGAUGAAAACAUCCAUGGAAUCAUUAAUCCACCACUUUAAGCUAUGCACUGAAGGAUACACGGUUCCGCCAGGAGCCACAUAUACUGCUAUAGAAUGUCCAAAAGGCGAGCUAGGACUGUACAUGGUGGCCGAUGGUACAUCCAAACCCUAUCGGAUUUUUAUUCGCCCUAGUUCUUAUACCCAUUUGAUGAGCCUCUCUUUAUUAGGUAAAGGUUUAAUGCUUGCCGAUAUUGCUGUUCUCAUUGCUACCGUCGAUGUUGUGUUCGGUGACAUAGAUCGCUAG